AUGGUUGACACAUCUAUGUUCACAAAGCACUCCACUUGUGGAACAUUGAUUCUUCUCCUUUAUGUUGAUGAUAUUAUCCUCACUGGAGACAAUGGCAAUGCACUUAGCACCUUCAUCAAAUGCUUAAGCACUGAAUUUGCAAUGACUGAUUUGGGUGAACUUCAUUACUUUUUAGGUGUUGAAGCCACUCGGACAAUGGCUGGUUUAUGCCUAACACAGACAAAAUAUAGUCUUGACCUACUGCAGAAAACAGGCAUGACUGGUUGCAAAUCAUGUGGUACUCCAGUGGCUUCUGGCUCAAAACUCUCCGCCGCUGAUGGGUCGACAUUGGUUGAUCCCCAUGAGUAUCGUCAAGUUGUUGGUGCCUUGCAAUACCUAACACUUACUCGCUCUGACCUCUCAUAUUCAGUCAAUCAAGCAUGCAUUGACAUCAAGCCAGGUCCAAUCUCUAUCGUCACUGCCUUCACCAACGCCGACUGGGCUGGUUGUCCUGAUACAAGACGAUCUACAACUGGUUUCUGUACUUUUCUUGGAUCAAAUUUAUUGUCUUGGGGAUCCAAGAAGCAACCUACUAUUUCUCGCUCUAGCUCGGAAUCUGAGUAUAACGCUCUAGCGGUUACUGUUUCAGAAGUGUUAUGGCUCUCAUAUUUGCUAGAGGACCUUCAUGUUCCCAUUUCCCUUCCACUCAUCAUCAAUUGUGACAAUAUAUCUACAACAUACAUGGCUGCUAAUCUUGUUCUUCAUGCUUGA